CAUGGGAAACUAUGUGGCAUGAAAGUUGAUUACCAUUUCUUGUAAAAUAUGCAGUAUUGUUUCAUGGGGACAUAAAAUCCAAACUGUAGAAAUGACCCAAUUUGACUUUGCAUUGAAUUGAAUUGACUGUGUUUAACACCUGGUACGCAGGCGAGACGUACUGCUGGCGCAGGUGCAUCUCGUGGCAUGGCGCUCUAUGAGGAGGAGUUGAAGGACGAUGAAGAGGGAGGGGAGAGGGGACGUAUCCUGAUUUCUCUCACUUACAACAGCCAGCAGAGUCGUCUGAUUGUGGGUGUAGUUCGAUGUGCUCAUCUGGCAGCAAUGGACGCGAAUGGCUAUUCGGACCCCUUUGUAAAGAUUUACUUGAAGCCUGACAUGGGAAAGAAAGCAAAGUAUAAAACUCAGAUCAAGAAGAAGACACUUAACCCUGAGUUUAAUGAGGUACUCUUUCUUUCUGUCUGUGGCGCUAUAACCUGCAGUGAACAGUGAGCAUCUUGACGCACUCGACACUGACGUGACACCAUGACAGUGCUUUAAUACGCUCUGACACUAUAAU